CGAGGUGGGGGGCGGGGCCGAACGGGUCAAUGAUGGCGGACGUGGAAAUGAUGGCGGGAACGGAGGCGAAUAAACAGCGGUCGAUGGACGAGUUGAGCAACCCCGACGGCUCUGGCGACGAGAGCGACGACGGCGUGAGCACGGGAAGCGGAGCGAACCCCGACCGGCCGGACACUCCGACCAACACGGCGUUUGCGCCCGGGCGCAAGAGCUGGUGCAAGGGCAAGUGGAGAGCGAAGAAGUGCAAGUUCGCCUUCAAGUGCGUCAACUCGCUCAAGGAGGACCAUGGGCAGCCUCUGUUUGGGGUUCAGUUCAACUGGCACAGCAAGGAAGGAGAUCCUCUGGUGUUUGCUACUGUGGGGAGUAACAGGGUCACGCUGUACGAAUGCCACUCACAGGGUGAGGUGAGGCUCAUGCAGUCGUACGUUGACGUAGAGGCGGACGAGAACUUCUACACGUGCGCGUGGACGUACGACCGCAACACGAGCCACCCCCUGCUGGGCAUCGCCGGAUCUCGCGGCAUCAUCCGCAUCAUCAACCCCAUCACCAUGCAGUGCGUGAAGCACUACGUGGGCCACGGGAACGCAAUCAACGAAUUGAAAUUCCACCCCAGGGACCCCAACUUGCUCCUCUCGGUCAGCAAAGACCACGCGCUACGGCUGUGGAACAUUCAGACGGACACGAUGGUGGCCGUGUUCGGCGGCGUGGAAGGACAUCGCGACGAAGUCCUCAGCGCCGACUUUGACCUCUACGGAGACAAAAUCAUGUCAUGUGGCAUGGACCAUUCUCUGAAGCUGUGGCGCCUGGAUUCGGAGAGGAUGCAGAGGGCGAUACGCGGCUCCUAUGAAUACAACCCCAACAAGACCAACAGGCCAUUCCCGUCGCAGAAGGUUCACUACCCCGACUUCUCCACGCGAGACAUCCACCGCAACUACGUGGACUGCGUGCGCUGGCUGGGUGACCUCAUCCUCUCCAAGUCGUGCGAGAACGCCAUCGUGUGCUGGAAGCCGGGCAAGAUGGAGGAGGACGUGGACAAGAUUCGCGUCAACGACUCCAACGUCACCAUCCUGGGGCGCUUCGACUACACGCAGUGCGACAUCUGGUACAUGCGCUUCGCCAUGGACUUCUGGCAGAAGAUGCUGGCACUCGGCAAUCAGGUGGGCAAGCUCUUUGUGUGGGACCUGGAGGUAGAAGACCCUCACAAGGCGAAGUGCUCCACGCUGGCUCACCCCAAGUGCAUCUCGGCAAUACGGCAGACGAGUUUCAGCCGAGACAGCUCCGUGCUGAUCGCGGUGUGCGACGACGCCUCCAUCUGGCGCUGGGACCGUCUACGGUGAAAGCCGCACGCCGGACGCCGUGACACCGCCCCACACCCUCGUUCUCCUUUCCCCAAACUGCACCCCUCGGCCCCCCCCCCCGAGU